AUGGCCCGAGGAUCUUCACAGGAGCGCAACAACAUUUCUCACAGCAACUCUCUGUCAUCCAACCACAUCAUCUCUGUGCUGAACAGCCCUGCCACCUCGGCCUCAGAGUCCCCCGAACCUCAUCUCGCCGAAUCAUCCACCAUGGUCGCCCGCAAGAACACCAUGCGCCACAGCCCUCAGGCGGACAUUGCGCUGCCGGUGACUUACACUCCUACCACCCACCGCAUUAGCAAGGCGAAGAAAGGCAAGCGCGUGCAUGCGUGCGAGUAUCCCGGGUGUAACAAGGUCUUCACCCGCGCCGAGCACCGCAGACGUCACGAACUGAACCACAACCCUGAAGCGUCCUACCGGUGCACACAGCCCGGCUGCAAGAAGGCCUUCCACCGGCCGGAUCUGCUUGCGCGCCAUAUGGAGAGACAUGAGCUCGAGUCACAGCCCGAGCAGUCCCAAUGGACGCCCCAGACCUCCACCCCGCUCAUGAACGACUCGGCCUCCGUCCCGCGCUGCAUGGCCAUGGAUGGCGGAAGCAUGCUGGCUGAUGCCUCGCAUCAGUCGCACUCGAUGUCCAUCGGCUCGAUCGUGGCUCCUGGCAUUCACCCGAACCUGGCCAACGACUGCUCGCUGAUGUGGAAUGGCAUGGACCUGCCUCUGCAGCCACGAGCAGCGCCCAACAUGUUCCAGGACCAGCUCCCCGAGUCGGCCGACGACAGCCCCUUCUAUUCCUCGCCCGCAGAGACGUGCCCCUCGCCCCUGUCGGACGUUGCUUUCUCUCUGCCUCCUCACUCCAGCUCCAUCUCCUCCAUCUCCUCCAUCUCCUCGGCCGGCACCGUCGUCGACCAGUACCCCAAGGGUAUUCUCAAGACCGAGUUGAUCGCUUCUCCACUGCAGAUGGCUUCGCCUCUGCGGUGGGACGGCUCCGACGCGGGCAUGCCCCCGUCGCACCUGGUGCCGAUCUCGCUGGAGGAGAGCCUGAUUCAGCCGCCCGUCCAGUGCCACUACCCUUCUCCCUCCUGGUCUAGCGCCGACUGCCUGCCAUACGACGAGCAGGUGCAGUCGCUGACCCACUUCCACUCGAUGAACUGGAAGCAAUGGGCAAUGUGA